AUGGCACAGAACUACAAGGAUGGGAAGGCGGAGGAAGGUGAUAAGUAUAGCCAGUGGGUCAGCUCAGUGAGAAUUGUGCAGAAGGACUCUAAAGUUACACCCACUUGUGUAGACCACUACCGAAUGACGAAUAACUCUGUUCCCAUCAAUCGCGGGUUAUACCGCUUUCCGUACCAACUCCCUAUUGAAGCUGACAUGGUGGAACACUCUCGUAAUGCCAUUGUCCAAUCGGCUGCAGACCUAGCAGCCUCCUAUCACCAGCUACUUCUCCACCCUGACGAGUUGAGAGCGGAUGCUAUGACAUGCAGCACUAUAUGGAUAACCACAUUCAGACUCAUUGAAGCAUUUAAGGCCUACCUGAAUGACGGCAACCUAGCGACCUUCCAGAAAACGGCCCAGAAUAUCCUUGAGGCGCUCGUCGACCACUGGAAUAACAACUUCCCGAUCGUCCGUAACUGCAUUGCGAAGGAUAUACAGCUGCAACCGC